AGACGGGUGCGCACGCGCACCACGUGUUUACUUAUUAAUCUUGGAGAAAACAAUAUUUCAACUUUUUCUAAGCAUGUAUAUUAAUUUAUGGUACUUUCUCUUUUAAAUCGUCAAUUUUGAUGAAUAAGUGAAGUGAAGGAACGUUUCAACCUAUUAAGGAUUCUUAUAUAUCAGCAGACAAAAUGACUCUUUCAGUAUUUGGAACAUGGGAUUACGUGAUAAUGGCAGGCACUAUGAUCGCGUCUCUUGCUAUCGGAGUAUACUUCCGUUUCAGCGGAGGUAAACAGAAAACCAACGAGGAAUAUCUUCUCGCUGAUCGGAACAUGUCAAUACUACCUGUAGCCGUAUCACUGAUGGCAUCUUUCAUGUCAGCAAUAACACUAUUGGGAGUCUCUUCAGAGAAUUAUAACUACGGCAUGAUGUUCGUCUUAGUUAAUUUUGCGUACGGUUUCGGUACUCCCAUCGCCAGUCGACUGUAUCUACCAGUCUUUUUCGGACUUCAAAAAACUAGUACUUAUGAGUAUUUGGAGCUCAGAUUUGGCCCCCGUAUAAGAUUAUUGGCAUCUCUAACUUACACAUUGCAAAUGGUGCUUUAUAAUAGUGUAGUGCUGUAUGCACCAGCGAUCGUUUUAGAAUCAGUUACUGGGUUCAACAGACUUAUAUCUAUAUUAGUUGUAGGACUGGUAUGUACAUUAUAUUCGACAAUGGGAGGGAUGAAAGCGGUUUUAUUCACAGAUUUGCUACAGUCUGCUCUGAUGUUAAUUGCAUUGCUCAGUGUUGUUGUGUUCAGUGCCAUACAAGUUGGUGGAUUUAGUCAAAUAUUUAUAAUUGCGAAAGAAGGUGGUCGUCUGGACUUUUCCAAUUACAGUAUAGACCCUACAGAAAGGCAUACGUGGUGGAAUCUUAUGAUUGGAGGGAUAGUUACAUACUUAUCUUUAUAUGCGGUUAAUCACACGCAGGUUCAGCGUCUGCAAACAGUAAGCACUCUGAGGCGAUCACAAGCUAGUUUGUGGUGGAGUUGGCCUGUUCUUCUUAUACUAAGCGUGCUCACCUGUAUCAGUGGAUUGGGAAUAUAUGCUGUAUAUAGAAACUGCGAUCCCCUCUUGAGUCAUCGUAUAACCGCUGCUGACCAGCUGUUGCCCUAUUACGUAGCAAACGCAAUGACUAUACCAGGACUAGCGGGCCUGUUCGUGGCUGGAAUAUUCAGUGCAUCAUUGUCCACUAUAUCAGCUUCCUGUAACGCACUGGCUGCUGUUACUCUUCAUGAUUACGUUGGCAGGUGGUGUAAAAUUCAUCCAAAAUUCGAACCAUGGCUAUCAAAACUAUCCGCCUGUACGUACGGGCUUAUCUUUUUAGCUUUGGCCUUCCUCGCCGAGUAUCUUGGAGGAGUACUGCAGGCAGCAAUGACAAUAUUCGGAGCAGUCGGUGGUCCAUUAUUGGGGGUUUUCACUCUCGGCUUGUUCACAACUUACGCUAACGAAGCAGGCGUAUGUAUUGGAUUGGCAAGUGGAAUGGCAAUGACAUUAUGGAUGAGUUUCGGUGGACCACGCCACGUAGCGCAAAAACUGCCUGUAAGUGUAGCUGGUUGCGCGUAUAAUGUAACUGUUUCACCAACAGUUAUAACAGAUUCCAGUAAUUAUUUCUACCUGUACAGAAUUUCGUAUAUGUGGACCAGUACGUUUGGUUUCGUAUGGGUGUUGGUAGUGGCUUCCGUGGUUUCGCUGAUCUGGCGGCAUCAGCAGCCAUGGCAGUGCGAAGGACGACAUCACCCUGACCCUAUGCUCUUCAGCCCACCCCUUGCCAGGCAUCUCCAGCAGAAAUAUCAAAGUGACAAACCUGUCGUUCAGAACGUUAUUAUGGCGAGUAGUGUACAGUAGUGGCGUUUAGUUGGGCACUACAAAGUUGGACAAAAUUUGAGAAAUUCAUGUGAAUAGAACUAUGCGGUAUUAAGAUAUCAAAGCUAAGCUCGUUGCUUCGUUGGCCUGUACACAUAUUUUUGUACUAAAUAGCACAAAAUAUAAUGAAUGAAUGAAGCUGUAACAAAAUGUACUAAAAACAAUGUAUAAACGAUUUAAAAU